AUGGACAUCCAACACAUAAAACGGCGAUUUAGUAGAGUUACCUCCACCUCCAUCUUUUGUGGACCUAACAUCGUGCCAGAUCAGACAGUCACUCCAUGCCCAAAGGUCAAUUCUGAUGAAAGGUCAAACCCGAAUGUUCUCCAUCAACUCAUCUAUAGCCGCUGA